GGCGGCCCGGGUCAGAUCGAUUUUUAACUGUUUCAUCGCCGCUCCUGCCUCUCCGCCUGGCCGCCUCUCCGCCUGUCUCGCCCCUCCUCCGCCCCCUCAUCCCUGCCUUCCCCUCCCCCUCUUCCUCUCCCCUCCCCCGGCACUGGCAAAUGACCUCCAGCACCAGCAGCUCCGAGGACCCCCUGCGCCCGGGCUCGCUGGCCUUCCGCCAGCGCGAGAGCCAGCUCCACCGCGAGAGGAUGCGCCGCAUGCGGCAGUCUCUCGCGCGCGGCGGAGGCAACUCGGCCCCUCCGACACCGGCUUCCUCAACCCCCGGGCCGGCCGACCGCCGGGCCUCGCAGCAAGUGCCCCCCCCGGAUCGCGGCCCGCUGAUGCUGGCGUCGUCUCCCGUCCCCCGGGCCCGCGGUGCUGUGGGGCUGUCCCUCUCGCCGGCCGCACAGCCGGACGCCAGGCCCUCGCCGAGGCCGGAAUCCCGGCGAUCUGUCACCCCAGCGGCCAAGGCCCGCGUGCGAGAGUCCUUCGGCAUGCACGCCCGUCCCCCUCGGAGAUCCGACAUCCGGGCACCGGGGCUUGGGCCAUCAGCCAAGCAUCCCCCGCUGGCGGAGUCCUCCUCGCUGUCGGUCGCCGCAGCCGGCCCGGGGUCCCCCCCUGCGGCAGUGAAGGCCCCCGCAUCCGUGGCCCGGUCCCCGCCACCGGGGGCUCCUUCGCCUGUGCAACCCCCUGUCGGGACCGGCGCCGGCCCGGGGAGUGUGCCUUUUCGGCCGAUGUUCCCGCCGCUGUCGCCUUCGCGAGAGCCGGACGCCAGCCGGCCAGAUCGCCGGUCCAGCGCCGGCCCCCUGCGGCUGUCGACGGCCAUGCUCCACGACCCGCCGGAUGUCUUUGCCGCGCAGCCCCUCCCUCGGUUGUCGCUUUCGGACCUGGAGCAGCUCCUGGCCACGGGGCCCGCCGGCACCGAUGGGGAGGAUGGUGGUGGCGGUGGUGGUGGUGGUGGUGAUGGCAGCGGCCCUGGCAGCAUCCACGGGCCCCACCAUUCUCACAUGCUGCAUCCGGAUGAUGGGCGUCACGAUGAUCUCCUCGACACCGGGCCCCUGUCGGCCGACUUGCUUGCGGCCCGAUCCACUUGCGAUGGCGCUUCCCCCCUCGCGAGCGGCCCCUUUUUCCCUCCUCAGUCCGCGGCCAGCCCGGAGCUGCGCAUUUCGAUUUCCCGGCUCCUGUCGCACGCUGGCCCGGUGGUGUUGUCUGACCUGCAGGCCGUGAUGCAGACAUCAUCUCCGGACGGGCAGGGCACCUGGUGCUCGAACAUGGCCCUGCUACUUGACUGGUGCGCCGGGGAGAUCGGCCACCUCCGGGAGCAGGUCCUCGCCGCGGCGGCCUGUUCGCUUGGACGCCCGCCGGUCCCGGCCCCGGUGGAUGUCUCCCCGUCGCCGGCCGGGCUCGGGAUUGCCUGCAACACGGCCGCCCCCGAGGCCGAUGUGCACCACACUUGCCAGCAGGAGUCCGGCGGUCUGCGCACCGAGUUACUGGAGACACGCCGUGCGCUGCAGAUGGCCACCCAGCGCAUCAGCCAGCUGGAGCGCCUGCGACAGACGAAUUACGUCAGCCAGUCCGCCUGGGCGGAGCACUGCUCCCAACUUUCGGAGCUGCUCGGUUCGCUCAAAUCCAUCAGCGGCACAUUGGACCUGGGGGAACUCUACGACAAGGCCAGCGACUAUCUUCGGACACCCGACGCCAAAAAGCCCGAUCAAUGAACACCCCCUCUUCUCUCGAA